AAACAGCAACGUGCUUACUUUGACGGGUUCGGCAUCACGGCAGCGGCCGCCUUCCCUUUCAUACGAUUGGCCGAGCCGUGGGAAUAUUCAAAUCCAGCCUUGAUUGAUUGGCCCAGAGCCGGUUUCAACAGUGCAGGGGACUCAUUUCCAUUCCGACAUCACUCUCUGUGGCACACACACACAGACACACACACACACACACACUGCCUGGUCUGCUGCCGACAUGAGAUACAAGCGGCUGCACGGAAAAACACAAUCGGUGAAAUAAUCUUUGUACGCGAGUGUUUGAAUAUGUCGAGGAAGUACAGUUAACGGAGUCAGCUUCAUCAAUGGAUAUAUCUCCGGAGGUUUCCAGUGCGCAUCACGAAAUCAGUGGCGAAAUUGCUUUUGCAGAGGAAAUACGCCUUCCGAGCAGGAGAACAACCAAUCAGCCGUGGCGAACCAAAGAUAAACAAGCCUUAUGAUAAGACAAAACUCUGUUUAUCCAGGCUGUGUGCAGCCAUAGUGAACUAUCAUGCUGGCCUGUAUCCAGAGACGGCAGAAUCUCUCGUCGCAGUAUCUGGCCUGCACACCCAAAAGCCUUGAUGUUCCACCACCGCCAUUACUGCUGUCAGUACCACCACUGCAGCCGUGCACCCACAAAGGCAAGUCAGCCUCCAUGAUUUCUCGUUACCCUUCUCCUGCAGAGUUGGAUGCUUUUGCCCAGAAGACCGCCAACAGCCCACUGUCUAUCAAAAUCUUUCCGUCUGACGUCCGGGUACCGCAACAUAAACAGCUUAACAAAACAGUCAAUGGCUUAGACACCACAGGCCAACGCUAUAGCCCCUAUUCACACCCAUACUCAGGAGGCUAUCAGGGUUUAUUGGCCGUCGUCAAAGCCUCUGUGGUGGUCAAAGGUGUGGUGAAAAACUCUGAGGGCAGGAGGACUAAACAUGCAAACACCCAGGCUUCUGUGGCACCGUAUAAUAAUCCUCUGAAUAAUGACUACACAGUCAGACACGGGCAUAAGGCCUAUCAUAUAAGCUCAUGUAAGCCCCCUGAUGUUCCUAUUGAGACACUUUGUUCUAGCACAGGCAUGGCCUCCGGAGAUCGGAGCCUGGCCCCCCAGUCUGAGCUGGCAGAGGUUCAAAGCCUGAUGAGGCAGAUGAGCAGAGUCCCCCACAGCCAGGCCCUGCAGCUGGGGGGAGAGGCUCGAGCCAGCCCCUCUCUGCAGGCUGUGGCUGCGGUGGCACAUUCAGAUUCAGACUUCGUCCUGGGUGUGCCACCCCAGAGCAGUCUGGCGUUCACAGGGGCAGUGAUACCUACACAGAGUGCAGACAUAGCCAAAGCUGGAUACUUGGAGAAAGGAGACUACACAGUGUGGCAGCAUAAACAUCAGAUUCAGCAGCAGCAGCAGCAGCAGCAGCAGCCCUAUCAGCAGGGAGCAGUGAGGAUGUACAGUGUUAGUAACAGUGCUCAGGGGCACAGAGCAGCAGAGGCUGGCCAGCCUCCUGAAACCUGCCUCCCUUUGAGGUGCUCCUCGCAGCUGUCAUAUAGGCCACCUCCUGCCAGCGUGGGCACUGGGCAGGAGCGAGUCAGCGGCUCCUCUCUGAACCGUGCCGCCAUGCAGGAGUUCUCCGUCGGACAGUACUUUGCUCCUCUCUGGGAUGGUGUCGUGGCCACCCCUAAUAGCGACUGUUAUACUUCUCAGGUGCUGGCAACGGGUACAUGCGCAGCCAGGCCUAGAGACCUGGGGCUCUCCCAUCUCCAUCUCCACCCAAACCGUCACCAACACCAACACCACCACCCACAGCGACACCAGCCGCAACUCCACCCUCACCUCCCUCCCCAUAGCCAGGCUUACAGCACAGACCAAAACCUCUGUUGUGGGCUCCCUAGUUCUAGCCUGUGCCACGCUGCAGUACUUAGCAGCAGCCUGCAGUCUCUGGAGUGCCUCAUCAGUGAGAUCCACCCUCCCUGCAUCAAAGAGCGCAUGCUGGGCCGCGGGUACGAAGCAAUGGGGAUGCCUCAGCUACUGGAGCACCACCAGCAAACCCACAUCCAGCUCCCCGUCUACAGAUAAGAGACGGGGGAGGCGCUGCCAGACGACGGGACGCAGAAGUGACAAACCUUUUAUAGACUGAUGGAAGUGUGUCAGUUUAGACAUCUAUGAGAAUGAGACAUGCCUUUUUAGUUUGUGCAUGUACUGUAUUUGUAGAAGGCUUUGUGUUAUAAGCCUGAAAAGGUAAAUGAUAAUCACGACUUAAGAUACAGGUUUAUCUUAUGGACUUUUCAUGUUUUAUUUUUAUAUCUUAAAUGGCCAUCAAAUAUGCCUGCUGUUCCUCAUUUAAUACUGAUGCUGAGCACCUAAUCAGAAUUUCCCAUCACCAUUUGAACUGUAUAUUUUGCAGAUGAUUUCUCUGUAGGUCUUUUUGAAAAGAAAAGAAAAAAAUAGAAACUUGCUGAACUGAAAUAAUGAUUGGUACUCUUCGAAAAACAUUUACUUGAAUCUGGGAAGGAUUGCUGUAACAGUUUUUGUGAAUAUAUUGUAUAUUUUUACAUUUAAAAAAAAAAGGCUUCUUAUUUCAGAGGGAACAUUCCUUACGUAUUAACUGAACUUUUAGUUGUCUGCUGCGUUGUUGUGGAUUUAGUUUUUGGGCCAGUUUGUCAGUAAUAUACGCAGCUUCUGCUAUAUGAUGCAAAUUUCCUGGCCACCGUAUGGGGGGAAACAUCUUGAACAUUUGCAUAGAAAUGUGAAUAUCUAUAUAUAUAUUUUUUGUUAUUCAGACAAGUUAUGUAAUUUAACAUCUGAAUUGAUUUCAUGUACUCCUGCUCAGCAAAAUGUAUUAGGACUGUUGCAUAUCCAAAUCAACACUGUGGCAAUUCAGGCCAAGCAAGAUGUGCCCUUUGUUAGUUUCUUUAUUUUAUUUUAAGAGAUUGUGUGGACAUUUUUCCUUGAAUUAUUAUUAUUAUUGUUUGUUUUUUUGGAAGGUUGUGACACUGGUUACACAGCACCAGGGUAUGAUGGAGUGCCACCUGAAUCAUUUACAAUAUCUUCUUUGUAGGGCUAUACUAUCUCUGAUGGUGUGAGAUGUAUGACUGAGUAGUUCUUUGUGUGUCUGCACUGGUUCUGUAAUAACUAUUUAUUUAUGUCAGCCUGUUGAGUUAUAUGGCAAACUGUCUCUAUAAUUAUAAAGUGCAAUUAUUAUAUAUGAACAUGUGAGCGCUCUCCAUGAAGUAUGCUGUUGAAAUAACUACAUUUUGCAAUGUAUGACCCUAAUCCCUCACCCCUUUUUUUGCCUCUUCUUAAUAAGGAUUGUCAAGUAAAUGAAAUUUUCUAAACCCAGCAAAUAGUAUGUGUUAUUAUAUAUCAUUAGUUAUUAUCUGGCAGACGUGCGGCUGAGAAGAGUCUUUUAUUAUAUUCAUGAAUGAUAAACUAGUUGUGGAAAGAUGAGACA